AUGACGAACCUUGGCUUAAUCUUGGGCAUAUUACCCUUCAUACCAUCUAUCACCGGUAGAGCAAUCUCAAAUAGAGAAGAAAGUCAAAGAAGGUGUGAUUCAUGUGAAGCGAAUGGUAAUGAUUGGUCAGGAUAUAGGAACAUAGGAUAUUUCACGAAUUGGGGUAUAUACGAUCCUCAAAACUUUCUCGUCACAAAUAUCACAGCUAGAGAUUUUACUCAUAUCAAUUAUGCUUUUGCCAAUGUCGAUGCGGAUAAUGGGACUGUAUAUCUGGAUGAUCCAGAAGCAGAUACUCAGUUCGAAUAUCCGAAUGACGAUUUGGACGAAGAGGGGAAUAAUCUAUAUGGGAAUUUAAAACAGCUUUAUCUACUGAAACAGCAGAAUAGGCAUUUGAAGACAUUGCUAUCAAUUGGAGGAUGGACAUACUCAACGAAUUUCGCAAAUAUCAUCGAUUCCAAAUGGAGAGAAACAUUUGUCAAUUCAUCCAUCACCAUAUUAAACAAUUUUGGAUUCGAUGGUCUGGACAUCGAUUUCGGCGAACAAGGUCCAGCAUUGACUGAGCUGCUCAAAUCGUUGAGAAGCGGUCUUGAUCAGGCUGCUUCGAAAAAUGGAGGCGGCUACUAUGAACUCUCUGUGGCGGUGGGUUGUGGCGAAACAGGAUGGGGAGGAUUAGAUACCAGAGGAAUGGACAAAUACCUUGACUUCUGGAAUCUCAUGGCGUAUGAUUUCUCGGGAGAUUGGACGCCAACCGCUUUACCUGCUUCAAACCUUCAUCCGGAUACCAAUUCCGCCAAUGACCAAAACGCUUCGGGGUCUCAGUGCUUCGAACACUAUUUGGGAGAAGGUAUUGAUAGUAAGAAGCUGAACUUGGGUAUGCCUCUUUACGGUACUGGAUUUAACGGUACUCAAGGAAUGUGGACCAACUGGACUGAUAUCGGAGGAGGCGAUUAUGAUCAAGCUGGUAAUUACGAUAUCAAGCAUCUGCCACUAGACGGCGCGGUCAUGUUCUACAACAAGACCUUAGGAUCUUCAUGGAGUUUCAAUAACACCACAGGCCAUGUUGUCUCCUUUGACACUCCACAAGUAGCUCUCCAAAAAGCCAAAUACGUUAUGAAAGACAAUCUUGGAGGUAUGAUGUACUGGUCAAUCGACCAAGAUUACACCAAACUUCAAUCGGAUGGCAAACCUUCUGGUCGAAUUUGGCCAGGUAUAUGGGAUAGGCUGAAAGGACAUAGUAGAAAGUGGAAUUAUGGGAAAUUGAAAGGAAAACCUUUCAACCUCGGACAAAAGAGAUCAGUAUUUUCAAUCAAUGAAAAAUUGGCCGAAAGAGGCUUUGGGCUUGGGUGGAAUAGGUCGGACUUAUGGGGAGAAUGGGAUGAUCUCAAAUCAUGGAAAUUACAUCUGGAUGAUGGGAUCUGCUUGAAUAUUGGGUAUAGUCUGGUGGAUACGGUAAAGACUGCUUUCGAGAAGUAUGGAGGAGGACUAGAGAAGAGGAAGAACAACCUGAAUUACCCCAACUCAGAAUUCGAUAAUCUCAGGAAUGGAAUGUCUUGA